AUGCCCGCUGCUGAACGCUCCCUGCCGCCACUGCUGCUGCUCUUUCUCCCGUCGCUGCUUCUGAUUUCGUGCCUGGAUGGGCCGGUGAGAGCAGGCCCCUCCUCCGGGGACAAUGGCCCCGCAGUCCUGGUCCCGGGGCGACUCCUCAGCACCUCCACUCCUGCAGAAGAGCCCCAGUUUGCCUUGAAGGUCCUGGUGAGGGACCUGGUGACCCGUCAGCCGCUCAUUGGUGCUUCAGUGGACGUCUACGUAAACCACACCCUGAGGAGCUCCAACCGGACGGGGGAGAGAGGGGAGGUUCUGCUCUGGGUCGCGUACAGUCCAGGACUCGGUCUGACUCUGCUGGGCAGCAUGGAGGGCUACGUCCCCAGCCCUCUGCCCUGGAGCACCACCAAGAGACCGAUUUUCUCUGCGGUGACGUUGCUGCUGCUCCCUCACAGUCAGGGGAACAUCUGGCUGUUUGAAGACUCAGUACUCAUCACAGGGAAGUUACCUGACAGCUCGUCCCAACCAAAGGUAAAGUUCCCCAAGAACCUCCUCACAAUGUCUGAUAAGAGCAACGUGUCCUCUGUGACGGCGUACCUGACUGUCCCACAGCACCACCUAGCGAAAGACUGCUCCAACUGCACCCCGGGCAUCAUCAGCAAACAAUCAUGGUUCAGAAGCAUCGAGCUGAAGGCGGUGGCGGCCGUCAGUGUCCUGCUGUACUCUGGUGGCGAGGAGCUCCAGGUUCGAGGGCCGAUCCAAAUCAGCCUACCCCUGAGACACAGCACGCACCUCAGGGCGUCAGAUACUGUGCCGGCCUGGGCCUUUAACCUGAAGACAGGAGCCUGGGAGAAUCAGGGUCUGGGAAUAGUGAAGACCGUUGGUAAUGAACUGGUUUGGACCUACACCGCCUCUCAUCUGGGCUACUGGAUCGCUGCCCCCCUUCCCUCAUCAAACGGUUACUAUUGGUAUGGAGGCUCCUUUGAUUUCAUGCCAUACCACACCUACCUGUUGACGGGAAUACUGGGAGCAACGCUGGCUAUAGUGAUUGGGUUUCUCUCCUUGCUGCUGUGUCACUGCAGGAGAAGUUCUUAUCGAGAGCCCAGGAGGAGGAGAGCUCGCUUUUCCAAACUCACAGUGGUGAAAAAAGACCAAACCACCUCCACCCACAUGGAAGAGGGUCUGCUGUUCCGUUCUGGCGACAACAGCCUGGCUUCCUGCAGCGUCCAGUGUGAACCCUCGUCCACGCCGAGGCACAAAGCCAACUACAACAUCUAUGUGGAGGAUCCAGGGAGUCGCCCGGCGGCCCAUCUGUAUGAGAACAUCGCUCUGGAUCGGAUCAAAGGCUCCCAGCCGCCGUCUCACUACAUCAACAGUGAAGAGGUCGCUCGGCUGAGAGAGAAGUCCGAGCAGAACUUCUUUCAGGAUAAGAUGGUUCAUAUUUACAACCAGCAGGUGGCUAUCAUUCAGGCGCCGGAGCUUUUCAGUGCUCAGGAGCUGUCGGGCUGCAAGUCUGCUACUUUCCCCCGCAACGGAGUCGAGUAUGAUCCUCACUCAGAGUCUGCAAAUAAAGAAGGCUACACCCAAACACUACCCAAAGUCCCUCACCACCACUCCCAAGGUGGAAACGGCCAACAGCAGAGCAGCCAAGAUGACCCCCAGCCUCUGGAGACUCCUCCUCAAGGCCCCAACGCCGUCAUGUGGGGGCGCUACAGUAACCUCCUGGAGUCCUCCGUCUCCGUGCCCGGGACCCUUAACGAGGCAGCCGGCAUGGAGGCCUUCAGCAGUGGGCACGGUGUACCCAGCGAGCUGCAGGGGAUUUCAGAGCGCACCCUGCUGGAGCUCACCCGAGGAAAGUCUCACCCCAGGGCCUGGUUCGUCUCCUUGGACGGGAAGCCGGCCGCCUCGGUUCGCCACUCCAUCAUCGAGCUCCAGGGACGCCACCGCCCGCCGAGCAGCAACGACACCAGCCUGGACUCCGGGGUGGACAUGAACGAGCCCCUGCACAACAUCCGGGAGACAGAGCGAGAGAGGCGAUCCAUCAGGGCGUCAUCCCUGCCGCACCACAGCCGAGCAGGGCGUUACGGCGAAGAUCAGGACCUGAGCAGCAGCGAGAGUGGCACGACAGCCACCUGCACGCCAGAGGACCCCUACCUGAGGAACAUUUUAGACGGGAGCAGCGGGGCCAUUCCCAACAUUCCUGAGGAGCGAGACGGGAUGGAUACGUCCAGCGCUCAGGAGGACAGCGAGUCCAGAGGAACACCACCUCCACGCCGCCUGAGGAAAGUGAGGGAGAAGGGGAAGACGGAAAAGAGGAGUGCCAAGCACGUCCGCGAGGGGAGACCUCUGACAAAGAGGAGUUAA